CAGUGGCUCUGUGUGUGCAGAGUGUGCGCAGAGUCACGGCGUUGGGCGGAAGAUGGCGGCGGCGGCGGCGUCUGCGAAGAGGCGCUGCUGAGGGGGCGCGAGAGGCGCGGAGGCUGGAGCCGCGGGAACACCUGAAGGCAACCAUGGCAAGCGGCAGCGGCGACAGUGUCACUCGCCGGAGUGUAGCAUCACAGUUUUUCACACAAGAAGAAGGGCCAGGCGUUGAUGGCAUGACCACUUCAGAGAGGGUGGUGGAUCUCCUGAACCAGGCUGCACUGAUCACCAACGACUCAAAGAUCACAGUGCUCAAACAGGUCCAGGAACUGAUCAUCAACAAAGACCCCACACUACUAGACAACUUCCUGGAUGAGAUCAUUGCUUUCCAAGCAGACAAGUCAAUUGAAGUGCGAAAAUUUGUCAUUGGCUUCAUCGAGGAGGCAUGCAAGCGAGACAUUGAGUUAUUGCUGAAACUGAUUGCAAACCUCAACAUGCUCCUGAGGGACGAGAAUGUGAAUGUGGUGAAGAAGGCCAUACUUACCAUGACUCAGCUCUACAAGGUGGCCUUGCAGUGGAUGGUGAAGUCACGGGUCAUCAGCGAUCUCCAAGAGGCCUGCUGGGACAUGGUGUCUUCCAUGGCUGGGGACAUCAUCCUGCUGUUGGAUUCUGACAAUGAUGGCAUCCGCACCCAUGCCAUCAAGUUUGUGGAGGGCCUCAUUGUCACCCUGUCACCACGCAUGGCCGACUCUGAAGUUCCCCGACGCCAGGAACAUGAUAUCAGCCUGGACCGCAUCCCUCGCGACCACCCCUAUAUUCAGUACAAUGUGCUGUGGGAAGAAGGCAAGGCAGCCCUGGAGCAGCUGCUCAAGUUCAUGGUGCACCCCGCCAUCUCCUCCAUUAAUCUGACCACAGCACUGGGCUCCCUCGCCAAUAUCGCCCGCCAGAGACCCAUGUUCAUGUCAGAGGUGAUCCAGGCCUAUGAAACCCUGCACGCCAACCUGCCCCCAACCCUGGCCAAAUCUCAGGUAAGCAGUGUGCGCAAGAACCUCAAGUUGCACCUGUUGAGUGUGCUCAAGCACCCAGCCUCCUUGGAGUUCCAGGCCCAGAUCACCACGCUGCUGGUGGACCUGGGAACACCUCAGGCUGAGAUCGCCCGUAACAUGCCCAGCGGCAAGGACGCCCGCAAGAGGCCCCGGGAUGACUCAGACUCCACGCUCAAGAAGAUGAAACUAGAGCCCAACCUUGGGGAAGAUGAUGAGGAUAAGGACUUGGAGCCAGGCCCUUCAGGGACCUCAAAGGCUUCAGCCCAGAUCUCAGGCCAGUCAGACACGGACAUCACAGCUGAGUUCCUACAGCCUCUGCUGACGCCCGACAAUGUGGCCAACCUGGUUCUUAUCAGCAUGGUAUACCUCCCUGAGACCAUGCCCGCCUCCUUCCAAGCCAUCUACACUCCUGUGGAGUCAGCAGGCACUGAAGCCCAGAUCAAGCAUCUGGCUCGGCUGAUGGCCACACAGAUGACAGCGGCAGGACUGGGUCCAGGCGUGGAGCAGACCAAACAGUGUAAGGAGGAGCCUAAGGAGGAAAAGGUGGUGAAGUCGGAGAGCGUUCUGAUCAAGCGGCGCCUGUCCGCCCAGGGCCAGGCCAUCUCAGUGGUGGGCUCUCUGAGCUCCAUGUCCCCCCUAGAAGAGGAGGUGCCACAGGCCAAGAGGAGGCCAGAGCCCAUCAUUCCUGUCACACAGCCCCGGCUGGCAGGUGCCGGUGGGCGCAAGAAGAUCUUCCGUCUGAGUGAGGUGCUGAAGCCCCUGACGGACGCUGAGGUGGAGGCCAUGAAACUGGGCGCCGUGAAGCGGAUCCUGCGGGCGGAGAAGGCUGUGGCCUGCAGCGGGGCGGCCCAGGUGCGCAUCAAAAUCCUGGCCACCCUGGUGACACAGUUUCACUCAGGCCUCAAGGCUGAGGUCCUGUCCUUCAUCCUGGAGGAUGUGCGGGCCCGCCUGGACCUGGCCUUCGCCUGGCUCUACCAAGAGUACAAUGCCUACCUAGCAGCCGGGUCCUCUGGCUUCCUGGACAAGUAUGAGGACUGUCUCAUCCGCCUGCUGUCGGGCCUGCAGGAGAAACCAGACCAGAAGGACGGGAUCUUCACCAAGGUCGUGCUGGAGGCGCCGCUAAUCACUGAGAGUGCUCUGGAGGUGAUUCGCAAGUACUGUGAGGAUGAGAGCCGCACCUACCUGGGCAUGUCCACACUCCGAGAUCUGAUCUUCAAGCGUCCGUCCCGCCAGUUCCAGUACCUGCAUGUGCUCCUUGACCUCAGUUCCCACGAGAAGGACAAGGUGCGCUCCCAGGCCCUGCUGUUCAUCAAGCGCAUGUAUGAGAAGGAGCAGCUGCGCGAGUACGUGGAGAAAUUCGCCCUCAACUACCUGCAGCUCUUGGUGCAUCCCAACCCGCCAUCUGUGCUCUUCGGGGCAGACAAGGACACAGAGGUGGCCGCGCCCUGGACCGAGGAGACGGUGAAGCAGUGUCUGUACCUCUACCUGGCCCUCUUGCCUCAGAACCACAAGCUGAUCCACGAGCUGGCAGCCGUGUACACUGAGGCCAUUGCUGACAUCAAGCGGACGGUGCUGAGGGUCAUCGAGCAGCCGAUCCGAGGAAUGGGCAUGAACUCUCCAGAGCUGCUCCUGCUGGUGGAAAACUGCCCCAAGGGGGCAGAGACACUGGUCACCCGAUGUCUGCACAGCCUCACAGAUAAAGUCCCACCCUCUCCAGAGCUGGUGAAGCGGGUCCGGGACCUCUACCACAAGCGGCUGCCUGAUGUCCGCUUCCUCAUCCCAGUGCUCAACGGACUAGAGAAGAAAGAGGUGAUCCAGGCCCUGCCUAAACUCAUCAAACUCAACCCCAUCGUGGUGAAGGAGGUCUUCAACCGCCUGCUGGGCACCCAGCAUGGUGAAGGAAACUCAGCCUUGUCGCCCUUGAACCCUGGGGAGCUCCUGAUUGCAUUACACAACAUCGACUCUGUGAAGUGUGACAUGAAAUCCAUCAUCAAAGCUACCAACCUGUGCUUCGCGGAGCGGAAUGUGUACACGUCAGAGGUGCUUGCCGUGGUGAUGCAGCAGCUGAUGGAGCAGAGCCCCCUGCCCAUGCUGCUCAUGAGGACCGUCAUCCAGUCCCUGACCAUGUACCCCCGCCUGGGGGGCUUCGUCAUGAACAUCCUGUCCCGCCUCAUCAUGAAGCAGGUGUGGAAGUAUCCCAAGGUGUGGGAGGGCUUUAUCAAGUGCUGCCAGCGAACCAAGCCCCAGAGCUUCCAGGUCAUCCUGCAGCUGCCGCCCCAGCAGCUAGGAGCAGUCUUUGACAAGUGCCCGGAGCUGCGGGAGCCCCUGCUGGCCCACGUGCGCUCGUUCACCCCCCACCAGCAAGCACACAUUCCCAACUCCAUCAUGACCAUCUUGGAGGCCAGUGGCAAGCAGGAACCCGAGGCCAAGGAGGCCCCUGCCGGCCCCCUGGAAGAGGAUGACCUGGAGCCCCUGGCUCUGGCCACGGCUCCGGCCCCCCGACCCCCUCAGGACCUCAUCGGCCUGCGGCUGGCCCAGGAAAAGGCCUUAAAGCGGCAGCUGGAGGAGGAGCAGAAGCUGAAGCCCGGCGGUGUGGGAGCCCCCACGACCUCUUCUUCGGCUGCAGCUCGGUCGGGCCCGUCCCCAGCCGAGGAGACCAUGGAUUUCCGGGAGGAGGGUCCUGAAUGUGAGACCCCGGCCAUCUUCAUCAGCAUGGAUGAGGACUCGAGUCUGACCGAGGCCGCACUUCUGGACUCUAGUCUCGAGGGGCCCCUGCCCAAGGAGGCAGCAGCGGGCGGGCUGACCGCCAAGGAGGAGCGGAGCCCGCAGACCCUGGCCCCUGCGGGGGAGGACGCUGGCGCGAAGACUCCCAGCCCGGCACCCGAGGAAACCGGGGACCCCGAGACCAAGGGGAGCGGCUGAAAGGGUGUGGGGAAAGGCUAGUGGGUUGGGGGAGCUGGGGCUUUGCCUUAAAAGUAAAUAAAGGAGGUGGCGCUCUGA